AACUCAGCCACCCCCAGACUUCCAAUGGACAAGCCUUCUGUAUUUGAGGAAAGUCCAGACGUUUUCGCAGUCUCCUGGGCACCUGCCCGUAUCCCAGCCUAUAGCAAGCCGUCCAAAAUCCGCUACAUUAUCGAGAAGAGAGAACCACCAUCGCACGAUUGGACUAGAGUGGCUUCGAACAUCACUGACACACGACACACCGUGAAGGGACUUAAGCCAGACAAGGAUAUAAUGUUUCGCAUUCGAGCUGAAAGCGAUUUCGGUGUCAGCGACCCCACUUUAGCAGCCUCUGUUAACAGACGGCCUGUGAUAACAAUUCCUCCAAGGACAAAGGAUAUUGAGGAGGAAAGUUUGAUGUUAGCACCAUCUACGUUCAUCAGUGGUACAGUCGGAACAGCAACAGCCCCACGUGCUCCAACAGGACGCCCAACUAUCUCAGAGGUGAAGGACACGACCUUGGAGCUGAGCUGGUUCCCUGCUCGGGUUCCCGCGUACAUGAAGCAGACCCCGGUGACGUAUUCUGUGGAGAUCCGAGAGCCUCCCUCCACAAACUGGGCACCACUUGUUUCUGGUCUUAAGGAGACAGGCUACAGUGUGGAGAAUCUGAAACCAAAGAAGGAUUACAUGUUCAGAGUGCGAGCUGAGAACGAGCAUGGCACCAGCGAGCCAACGCUUCCCGCCAUUCUGGAAAGACCCCCAGAACCCAAGCCUGAAGUAGAGAGGAGGAUGACACCCCGCAACACUCCUCAAAGGACAUUGCCAAAACGGCGAACUCCCUCCAUGGAAAGGGACACAACUCCAUUAAGGUUCACAUCUCGGGAAGCCACACCAUUGCGUUACACCUCAAGGGAGCCAACUCCGCUUAGGAAGGGAUCGAUUUCUGGGCUCCCUGUACCAGCAGAGCUUAUUGCUCCGUUUGACUCUGACAUCCAAUAUGGCGUCGAAGGUCAGCAAGCCCAAAUUUGCCUGGGCCUCAGGGGAUUCCCCCUUCCCACAAUUCAGUGGUUCUUCAAGGGGAAACCUUUGGAGAAUGAUGACAAAUACAGUGCUUUUAUUUCGCCGGGAGGGGAGGCAACUCUGACAGUCAAUGAUGUCUGCCCGGCAGAUAUUGGAGAGUACAAAUGUAACGCCGAGAAUGAACAUGGUGUAGCAGUGAAAAUUGUACAGCUUGAUCUUGCAGAUCCGCCUACAUUUAUUGAGCCAUUGAAGGACAUCACGAUCAUUGCUAAGAACAGUGGUGUCCUUGAGUGUAGGGUGGAUGGCAUUCCAUACCCAGAGGUCAAGUGGAAUAAGGACUGGCGCCCCCUGGUGGAGAGCUCACGCGUCUUCAUGGACCAUGAGUCACCUGAUUACUGGAGCCUCAGUCUGAGCAGUGCACUCAAAACCGAUGGCGGACUCUAUGCAUGCAUCGCGGAAAAUGUGGCGGGAAAAGUUCACUGUGUGGCCAAUGUCAUUGUGGAGGAUCAAGCUCCAUCCAAGACUACUCUCAAAUACAAACAAGCAAAUAUUGAAGAUCAUUUCCACAUUUUGGAAGAAAAAGGAAGAGGAAGAACUAGUAUUGUGCGCAGAGUCAUCGAGAAAUCCACAGGCAAGGAAUUUGCCGCUAAAUUCAUUCAAGUUCGGGAUCCUGGGGACAAGGACGUGUUCAAACACGAGCUGGAAUGUCUGCGGUUGGCUUCUCACAAGAACAUUGUUGCAAUUCAGGACGCAUACGAGACCGAGAGGCGCCUGGUCCUCGUCAGCGAGCUUGUGAGCGGUCCGGAGCUGUUGGACAAGGUCGUCAGUGAGAGCACGUGGACCGAGUCUGACGCCGCCUACUUCAUCAAACAGACCCUGGAUCUCCUCCAGCAUUUACACUCCGAGGGCGUUGUUGUUGUAGACCUCAAGCCCUGGGACAUUUUAUUAAGCAUUCCUGGUUCAGACGAGGUGAAACUAGUUGACCUCGGAUUCGCCAGACGAUUGGCUGCAUCCCGUGACGUCAGAACUUCUUACGGUACAGCGGAGUUUGUGGCGCCAGAAGUGGUUGCAAGUGAACCCCUGUCUCCUUCCGCGGAUGUUUGGAGUGUGGGAGUUUUGGCCUACAUUCUCCUCAGUGGAAUCUCGCCGUUCUACAACCACUCCGACAGGGCCACAUUGCUAACAGUACAGGGAGCAGACUGGGACUUUGAUGCCAAAGCCUUUGAGAACAUCUCCAAAGAAGCCAGAGACUUCAUUAGCAAGGUUCUCCUCAAGGAAGCUGGGGAGCGCUUGACCAUCGGGGAAUGUUUGGACCACCCCUGGAUGAAGAACGCCAUUAAGAGAGGUCAAGGUCUGAAGAUUAACGUCACCAACCACAAAGCUUUGAAUGACCGCUACCGGACAAUGCGUUCUUCCACGGUUGUGAAGACAGUGGCAGACAUUCGACCCUUGGGAAAACAGACUGAGGCGGUGGAUGAAAGUGGCCUGCAGUCGGAGGUUGAUCCAGCCACUGGAGACACCGUAUACCCUGAUUCCCAGGCCUACGGAGAAUACCUGGACGAAGAGACAUGGCUUGAUUGGCAGACCCGAUACCAACACGGCCCCGGGACACAGCUUAUGCCUCUGAAGGAGACGGACUUGCCUCUAAGGAUAAGAGAGUACCGGCGUCAGAAGAGAGGCGAGAUGCCGAGAGAGGCGCGGAGUCCAAGUAGGGAGAGCGAGAUGGGAGAAGACCGGAAGAUGAUGAAAGAGCGCCUCCUGGUGGCCGACGUGGAGGCAGAGUUUGAGCCUUCACCGAGUCGCAGGAAGGAGUUUGAGUGGAUCGUCCAGCCAGAAGAAGUGAAGGAAGCUAGACGCCGCACAUCAUCCGAGUCGGAAUCCCAGCCUCAGAAAACUGUCGGCGUGAGGACGGAGGAAGGAUUUUCACCUAUAUUUUUGGAAAAACUCAAAGACGCCGCUUACCUGGUUGGAGAAGACGUCACAUUCUCGUGUCACGUGAUGGCGAAUCCCGCGCCGAGUAUCACGUGGUAUCGUAACGAGGGGAUGUUGUCCGACGGACAGAGGAUUCGUACCUCCUUGACAGAAGAUGGCAGAGCGUCCAUAACGGUUCUCAACACAAUGCCAAAUGACGUCGGUGUUUACAAAUGUAUUGUCCGAAACAAACUCGGCACAGUGACAUCAAGAGCCAGACUUUUGCUUGGAGACAAUCCCGAGAGACCAGGUCGCCCUGUGGUUUGUGCCGUAUCAUCGGACGAGGCACUGUUGGUCUGGAACGCACCAAAGUCCGACGGUAACUCGUACAUUACCAACUACAGGGUGGACUAUCGUAAAGCAGGUGAGGACCGUUGGACGUCCGCAGUGUCGGUUCUGGAUGAGUGUGCUCUGGUCCCAAGACUCAAGCCCAGCACGAUCUACCGCUUCAGGGUGUCGUGCAGCAACAGAUUCGGCGUCAGCCCAUUCAGCUGGUCAUCCGUGGAGGUGCGAACAAAAGCUCCAGGCGCUCCGGCUGUAUCAAUCGAUGAGGAGAUUGAGCGGUUAUUAUUGCGGUCCCGUAAAGCAUUGGAGAAACCGUCCCCCCGGGAGAGCGCUGUGAGGAGCCCUUCCCUUAUGAGGUUAGAGACCAUCGAGGAAGAGAUGAAGACAACCUCCCCCGAGGAAGAGUUCAACUUUGGCGAAGACAUCAGAAAGGGAGCAUUCUCCAGCAUCAAAUGUGUGUCCAAAAAGGUCGGCGGUGAGGAGUUGGUGGCCAAAAUGGCAGCGGGCGAUUCUAAGAAGAAGGAUGAGUUGAUCCGGGAGUUCUCUGUCCUACGUCCACUCCAGCAGGAGAAUAUUGUCCGGCUUGUGUCCGGCUACCAGACGCCCCAGCAAGUCUGCUUGAUCAUGGAGCGUCUGUACGGCGACAAUGUCGUCCAGCAUUUAUCGUUCAAGAACACCUACACAGAGGAGUCGGUGGCUUUUAUCAUCCAGCAGGUCCUGGACGCCGUCCAGUAUCUUCACCACUGUGGCGUCGCUCAUCUUAACCUUCAGCCGUCUAGCGUCAUGCUGGCAAGCCGACGUCGCCUUGACGUCAAAAUUGUCGACUUUAGCUUGGCCCGUUCCAUAACAAGUCCUGAGGGGUCGCACAUGCCAAAAAUGGGAUUCCCGGACUUCCUGUCUCCGGAGAUGGUUGCCCAGGAGAAGGUUGGUUUUGCUGCGGACGUGUGGACGAUCGGGGCGCUGACAUUCCUUCUACUAAGUGGAGAGUCUCCAUUUUUGGGAGAGACAGACCUGGAAACCUUCGCUAACAUCGCCUACAUCCGAUACGAUGCUCAGGAUCUCUACGAGAACGUCACAAAGGAAGGGCUUAAGUUCAUCUAUGAUCUUCUGAAGCGCUUACCCAGAAACCGUCUGGGUGUAGAAGAAUGUCUGGAUCACAAGUGGCUUCAGUUGACACCAAAUAUGGUAAAGGCCCGACAAGAAGCAGUGUUCCUGUCCAACAAGCUUAGGAGAUACGCCAAGGAUUAUCACCAGAAACGCUUGGAAAGAUCAGGUGUGUUCAUUUUGUCUUCUACUCCUCCACCAUUAACCAGUAAACCAAAAAUUACAGAAGUCCCUGCACUAAGCGAAAAGAAAGAUAGUAAACCAUCUGUAAAAGAAACAAAAGAAGAAUCAGUUGCAGCUGAAGUGAAAAAAGUGAAACCCAAAUCACCAUCUCCAGAACCAAAGCCCAAAACUCCGUCACCUGAGCCCGUAAAGGAAAUAAAACCAAAAACGCCAUCUCCAGAACCCAAACCAAAAACACCUUCUCCAGAGCCGAUACAGGAAGAAGUAAAACCAAAAACACCAUCUCCAGAACCAGUACAAGAAGUGAAACCAAGAACGCCAACUCCGGAACCCAAACCAAAAACACCAUCUCCAGGGCCAGUACAAGAAGUGAAACCAAGGACGCCAACUACGGAACCCAAACCAAAGACACCUUCUCCAGAACCGAUGAAGGAAGAGGUAAAACCAAAAACACCUUCUCCAGAACCAGUACAGGAAGAGGUAAAACCCAAAACACCAUCACCAGAACCAGUGACAAAACCAGAGGAGAGUGAAAUUGGCGAAGAAACGGAGGCAAAUACCCAGCCAAUAAUAAAGGAGGUGUCUUCAGAAGAGAGAUCACCAGUCAGUUCUGUGGAGGAGAAAUCUGAAACGGGUGUGGAUGUGGUGGAAAUGGAAGCCGAGGAGGGAGGGACAACCUCUGAAGAAGUUCAAAUUAGCCUAUACACUACCGAGGAGCCUGUGACACCUAUACCAGGCCCCACACCUGAGAGGGAGAAUGUGGAUGAAAAUAUCGAAGCCAUCAUGGAGAUGUCUGAAGAAGGGGCGGUAACUCAAGCCGAUACUUCUGUGAAACUAGAAGGAUCUGUUGAAGUGACAGCGUCGCAGAGUCAGUCUCAGACCGUCGUGGAGUAUUCGGAGGAGUCGUCGUCGACGAGUCACACCAUCCAGAUGUCGUCGGUGGUGGAAUCUCGACAGUCCUCUUCUGCGGAGACGGCAGAAGAAGUGUCCGUGCAGUUUUCCACGUCAUCGGAAACCGUGGAAGAAGUGGUAAGUUUAAAUGAAGAACCGUCGAAGACUGAACCCGUGGAAGAAAGUGCCUCGUCCGCCGAAGUGACUGUCACGUUGUCUGCAGACGAAAGUUUGAGUAAGUUCGACGAGGAAACGGUGGACGUUUCAGAAACUGUAGUAGAAGCCGUCGCAGACAUUGGAAUGAUAGAUGACACUUUAUCUGAUAACGCUGCGCUUAAAGUUGACGUAUCUUUGACGGACGUUACGUCAGAAGAUAUUAGUAAUGCAGUAACGCUUACUGUUGACGAUUUAGAUACAACCGAAGCCGCUGCUAAAGACGAGGUUAUUACCCUUACUGACGUAAGCAGUGAUGUGACGUUGACAGCUGUGACCGAUGAUGUAGCGACAGAUGUGACUGUCUCUACAGACGUAAAUUUAACUUUGACCGACGGAACGACAGAAACAGUUCUCAUUUCGUCGUCGAACGUAGAGGACAGCGUAGAACUAAGUUUACCCCCAGAAGAAUCAGAAGUUGCUGUGUCUAGCGAAUCGUCGCAAAGCGAAGCGUUAAUGUUGUGCACCGUUACGUCGACGUCAGAAGAAACGUCGACGUCUGUAGAAGAAAAUAUUAGACCUGAUGACACUCAAGCAGAAGCGGAAGUGACUGACGCAGUUGUUGAAAAAACUGUUCAAAUCGACGCAGCGUCAGCAAUCGUCGGGGAAGAGUCUGGUGUAGAACAAGUUGAAAGCAACACAACUCCAUCGGAAAACUCCGAUGUGGCCAUUACGGAGAGUGUAAACAUUGCGGAGAAAUCGAUGACUGAAUCCGCGGAUGAAGCAACAUUCGCGACAGCCACAGAAGAGCAAGGCACUGUUGACGUAUUCAGCUACGAUGCUCAAGAUGUCAUUUCUGAGAUUAAGGUGACGGGUAAUAUUUCGGAAUCGAGUGCAAUGGAAUUGGUCUCUUCUACAGCAGAAGAAGUGGACAUCUUUGGUGAAGACGACGAUUAUUUUGCCAAAAGAUCAAAGAGAUCGACAAGAGCAAUGGAGAUCACGGCAGCAUCAGAGGAACUUCACGUUCAGGAAGAGGAAGAGGACGAUUCCUCGCGCAGAUCCUCACGGAGGUCACGGCGUUCCGCAAGAUCAUACGAGAUCUCAGGAUCAGAAGAAGGUGCAGAUAGAUCCUACUCUGAAGACUACAUGUCUUCCAGACAGUCACGUCGUUCUGCGAGAUCAUACGAUAUCUCCGGAAUGGAGGAUUCGACAGACACGUCAUUUUCGGAGGGUUAUAUUUCUUCCAGAAGAUCACGACGAUCCGAGCGAUCGCACGAGGCCUCGGAGAUGAGUUCGUCUUCUAGGGAGUCUCGUAGGUCAGGCUGGAGAUCCCGUUUGGGGGAUCUGUAGAUUGCGCAGAUAUUUCAUCAUGGGUUCUGAACAGGUAGAACCUUGACGGCGCGGACAACGAAUUUCAGACCGAUACACCAUCAUCCAGAUGUCCUGAAAAAC